UGUUCGGCCGUAUUUGCUCCGUUGCUCCACUUAGCCCACAUAUAACGAAGUCGUGUUUGUGCGUGUGUUACUGAGUUAAAGUAGACUUUGUGAGCAGCUGACACUCUUCGAUACAGUGUUUUCAAACGAGUAUAUAAGAAUUGAUAAUAAUAUGAGUGGAUUUAAAUAUAAAGAUCUGAUUCUGAACGCUAUUGAUCAACUGCACGAAAGAAAAGCGCGGCCUGAUUCCGAACGAAUUUGCCAUAUACUGGAAAAGAAAAAUGGUGUAAAUUCUCAAACGAUUAAGACAGAAUUACAGAAACUCGUGGAUGCUCGAAUUGUUGUUAAAGUGGAAUAUAAAGGUAAUGUUAGUUAUCGGAACGCGGCAAAAUGGGCCCGUAACAACAGAAUCUUUAUGAACGGUCACAUGCUAUACUGGGACGGUGUGAGAAAGGCAGUGACUGAGGCAUUCAAUGAAAUUAUUGCUUGUCGGGAGAAUUUUACUAAUCUCGGUGUGUCUAGGGAAGAAAUAGAAAGUUAUCUAAGCAACAAAAAAACCUGUAUGUUUAAUAAACUUUCGAGUAAAGGACUUGAUAUUUUUUUAAAGAGUGAGGUAGAUACUGGAAGAAUAAAAAAAUUAGCAUCAGGGAAUUUUUUGUUGAACCAGAUACAGGAAAAUGGUGAAAUUAAAUCAAGAUUUAGGCUUGCCAAAAGUGGUACAGAAUCUUUAAACGUCCCUUUGCAAGAAAAGAGAAAAAAUAACCCGAAAAAGCGAAAGAUAGGGGCCCUGAACGCAGCUCACAUCAAACAAACAGUUUCUUUAAGUAGAAGAGGUCGUCGAAAGAAGUUUAAGAAAAACCCAGGUCCAGAUUUCUUGCCUUGGUCUGAAUUUGAAAAAACAGAUGACUUGUGUGACUUCUGCCAACAAACAUCUUCUUCCAAUCGUCUUGGAAAUCCAGAAGAACUGCUUAUUUGUAAAGACUGCUCCGCCAAAGCACAUCCAAGCUGUAUGCAGUAUGGGGAAAAAUUAACUGCAAAGUGUAGAGAAUAUCCUUGGCAGUGUAUAGACUGUAAGAGAUGCGUGUUUUGUGAUCAGUCUGAUGAUGAUGGGGACUCCAUGCUGUUUUGUGAUGGCUGUGAUAAAGGGUACCACAUGGUUUGUCAUGUUCCUGCACUUACUGAGAAGCCAGGGGGAUUGUGGUAUUGUAGCAAGUGUAAUGACGAAAAAGAAUCAAGCAUGGAAAAAGUGUCAACUUCAAGUGGGAAUUACCCAAAGGAAAGUGUUUAUUUUGAAACAAGUACCACUAGCUUCGUUACCCCAACAAGAUCAGAACUAGAUCCCACAGUAGGACUUCCAACACCUUGUAGUUCUCCCGUACCUGAAGAUAAACAACAUCCUUGCAUGCUGGGAUCACUGAAUAAAAGAACACUCAGCCAGUAUCCAGAAAUUGUUCCUGAUGCUAAAGACUGGACCAUUGAUGACGUUGAAGAAUUUUUCUCUUACGUUGGAUUUCCUGAACAAGCUUCUGCUUUCAAAGAACAGGAAAUUGAUGGCAAAUCCCUGUUGCUCAUGAAAAGAAGUGAUGUCUUAACAGGUCUCUCUAUUCGUCUUGGUCCCGCUCUGAAGAUCUACAAUCAUGUAAAACGGCUUCAGACAGGCUUACCAAAUGGUCAUCUCUUGUAGUUCACAUGAAGGUCAAAAUCUUUGUGAUUCUUGUAUAAAGGGAAACUUGAACUUCACUGUUUAUUUAGGUGAACAUGUUGGAUCACUGUAAACACUUUCUCUAGACUUGAACUUUUCCUGUGUUUUUAAGUGGUAGUUUCAAUUUGGUUUAUAUAUGUGGAUGAAAAGGUUCAAGCUACACAGUUAUUUAGCCCAAAUAAGAUCAGGUGUAAUAUUAAAACAUGAUACUAGAAAGGAUUGCUAAAGAUCUAAUAUCAAAUACUAAAACAUGAUGUUAGAAUGGAUUGCUAGAAAAACUCAGAUGUCAAAUACUAAAACAUGACAUUAGAAGAGAUUGCUAGAGAAGAUGUCAACUAUUCAAACGUGAUAUUAGAAAUGGAUUGGUAGAGAAGCUCAGAUGUCAAAUAUUAAAACAUGACAUUAGAAAAGAUUGCUAGAGAAGAUGUCAACUAUUCAAAUGUGACAUUAGAAAUGGAUUGGUAGAGAAGCUCAGAUGUCAAAUACUAAAACAUGACAUUAGAAGAGAUUGCUAGAGAAAGAUUAGAUGUCAAAUAUUACAGCAUAACAUUAGAAGGGAUUGCUAGCACUGUCAUCUUUGUAAUAUAAAAAUGUCAACUCUCCAUUGCACUAAUUCUCUUCUCUAUAAUGUCAGAAUAAUUCUCUUACUUAGUACAUUUACACUGCAUUAAAAGAUAUAAUAUAUUUACUGGUUUGAAGCAUAGGUAACUAAUUAUACAUAUUAAAAUCACAGUUUUAAAGACGAUGCCUUUUUUUGGAGUUCAACAUUUGUCUUUAGUUUCACUGACUUUGUUAAACAUUUAUAGUUUAGAUUUCAGCAUUAGCUCUUUGUCUUUUUGUUUCCUCUCAAGUAUAUCAGUUCUUAUAGCUGAUGUGGUAUUUCACACUUUAAUACUUACACAGCACUGUACCAGUUGUUACAACUAAUGUGGUAUUUCACACUUUAAUACUUACACAGCACUGUACCAGUUGUUACAACUAAUGUGGUAUUUCACACUUUAAUACUUACACAGCACUGUACCAGUUGUUACAACUAAUGUGGUAUUUCACACUUUAAUACUAACACAGCACUGUACCAGUUGUUACAACUAAUGUGGUAUUUUAACUUUAAUAGUUACACAGCACUGUACCAGUUGUUACAACUAAUGUGGUAUUUCACACUUUAAUACUAACACAGCACUGUACCAGUUGUUACAACUGAUUUGGUAUUUCACACUAGUGCCUGGGAGAGAAAUCCUGGGCUCUGGUGCUUCCCCUGAUUCUGGGCCCCUCAUCCUCUCAAUCAUGUAUGUUAUUUUUGCCCUUGAAAGAUGCAACCUCUUAAAGUGGGAAUGUUCACUAUUAUGCAGCAUCAGCAUAUAAAUAUUACUUUUUGUUUGAGAGAAGGACAUUUUGUUAUCAUAUGUGUGGAAAAUAUUCCGUGCCCCAGUGAUUCACACCCUGUGCACCUCCCUCUCCCAGGCCCUGUUUCACACAUUAGUAGUUACACAAUACUGUACCAGUUGUUACAACUGAUGUGGUAUUUCAGACUUUAAUAGUUACACAAUACUGUACCAGUUGUUACAACUGAUGUGGUAUUUUGGACUUUAAUAGUUACACAAUAUUGUACCAGUUGUUACAACUGAUGUGGUAUUUCGGACUUUAAUAGUUACACAAUACUGUACCAGUUGUUACAACUAAUGUGGUAUUUCGGACUUUAAUAGUUACACAAUACUGUGCCAGUUGUUACAACUGAUGUGGUAUUUCGGACUUAAUAGUUACACAGCAUUGCACCAGUUGUUACAACUGAUGUGGUAUUUCGGAUUUUAAUAGUUACACAAUACUGUGCCAGUUGUUACAACUGAUGUGGUAUUUCGGACUUUAAUAGUUACACAAUACUGUACCAGCUGUUACAACUGAUGUGGUAUUUCGGGCUUUAAUAGUUACACAACACUGUACCAGUUGUUACAACUAAUGUGGUAUUUCGGACUUUAAUAGUUACACAAUACUGUACCACUUGUUACAACUGAUGUGGUAUUUCAGAUUUUAAUAGUUACACAGCACUGUACCAGUUGUUACAACUAAUGUGGUAUUUCACACUUUAAUACUUACACAGCACUGUACCAGUUGUUACAACUGAUGUUGUAUUUCUAACUAAUAAUUACACAGCAUUGCACCAGUUGUUACAACUAAUGUGGUAUUUCACACUUUAAUACUUACACAGCAUUGCACCAGUUGUUACAACUAAUGUGGUAUUUCAGACUUUAAUAGUUACACAGCACUGUACCAGUUGUUACAACUGAUGUUGUAUUUCGGACUUUAAUAGUUUCAAAGCACUAUAUGUAAAAUUAUUAACUUUUGUAAGUUUCUUAUAUUCAAACAUAAAAUCACAACAAUAUUUAGAUAUUAUAUAAUAUGUAUCUUUAUCAAAAUUUAAGCCAAACGAAUACUUGAAUAAAACAUUUAUUGUAAAGCAUAAGACUGUAGUGUAGCAAAUUUGGUUUAUUAUAGCAACAGUUGAAUGUGUACAUUUAGUUAGAAUUAACAUGUUAACUAUUUUUGGAAAAUACUGUCUGAAAAUAAGAAAAAUAAACCAUAUUGAUGGAUGACUUUCCUCUUGAUUAACUAGGUUAUUCUCAGUCCUAGCCAGUUUUGUAUUUUUAGUAUUGUAUUUUAGUCACUGUAACUGUCAUCAAAUAAAUUACCACAGUCAUGAAAUUACA